CUACGUGACUUGGACCUCGUAUGUCUGAUUCAACAAGCAUAUAUAUAUAUAAGUGCGGAGUUCAGCAAACAUUUUAAGAAGCCGAACAAUUGUGCAGGAGCUGAAGAAGAGUCUUUGACCAAAGAAAACAAAAUGUCUGGAUUUUUCAAGAUGCUGAAAAAAAAGAAAGAACUCAUUCCUCUUAUUGGAAUUAUGACGUUUGCAGCAACAGGAGCCACUUCUUUUGGUAUUUAUUUCUUGGCAACAAAACCAGACGUAAUUCUUUUUAAGUCGCAAAAUCCAGAACCCUGGGAAUCCCUAGAUCCCUCCAAGCCACAGAAGCUUUUAACUAUUAAUCAACAGUGGAAACCAGUGGAAGAAGUACAGAUUGUGAAAGGGUUGAUGAAGUGAAGUCCUGCUGUCCGUCCAUCCAUCAGUUCAUACAUUCAUUCAACCCCCUACCCUCUGCCUGCACCCUGUCAAUCUAACGGAAUCAUUUCUGCACAGACUAGACUCAUUGAAAAACCAGUGUGCGGAAAUGCUUCUGCUACUUUGGUAGGGUUUGAUCACGGACAGGUCUGUCAGCCUCAUAGGGUUUGAAACUCGAGGACUAACAUCAACAGCGAUCACCGCACAACAACAGCAAUCGCCGCACAGCUGGGAAGAUAAGAGGUUAGCUGCGCAUAAAACGCUAUUCAUCGUUUGGCAUUGUGUUAUUGGUUCCAAAUAAACAGUAAUAUUUUGAACCUCUUA